UGAAGAAGUCAUUGAGUUUUGUACUCCUUAUUUGUCACACAGAACAUUUUUCCUCAUCAUAUGGGUCGUUCACGAUAUGUGCUUUCCAUGGCGAAAUGGAAAGAGCAAGGCUUAUUAGACCGGUUUCUUCCGACAUCGGAGGUAGAUUCAACGAAGUCUAGCACAACCACAACUGAAGAAAUUCCAAGACAUGUAAGCUGGUUUUGUGCUAGGUCGGGAUUGACAUCUGAUGGACAUUUAGCUUUUCCCGGUAAUACUGAUGGCAUGAAAGAGAAAAAAAAAACAAAUUGGACAAAAUUCAAGAUGACAUAGCUGCAGGGACAUGGAAGCCAAUUGGACGACAUGAUAUUUUGACUGAGGUUGUAGGGAAACCUGACUAUCCUGGCCGUGCACGUGGCAUUGGUGGUGGUGUGGGUUAUACUCGAGUGUUUGCAGCAGAGCGUAGAGGUGGACGGCGUGAUAAAGUGGGUAAUUUGAGUGAGGCUGGUUUGAAAAAGUUGAAAGAUAUGCAUCACUACUUUGUUCAUAGAGGUGAACAACCUACCAUGAGAUCAACGCAAGCUUCUGAGUCAGGCCAAGUUGAUACAAUGAACUCCACAUCUGAUAUUCCACAUAAAUCUUUCAUUGAUGGUGCAAAUUGUAGGCUGGUUGUUGAGUCACAAACUGUUAAUGAUGAUAUGAGCUUGGAUUAUGUGGCCGUAGCUGUAGCUUACAACACACCAGUUGGUGCUUUGAUUCAUAAUGUAUCGAUGUCUGAUAAAACAAUUAAAGUGAACAUAUCAAUGCCAUGUCCAGGUUGUGAUCAGUGUCCCUUGUUGUUUCCAAAUGAAUCGGCUGAUAUGUAUGUUAUAGCGGAUGCUGUGGGUUCCUUUGUUCAGUGGCCAGCUCGGUUGGUGAUUUUUGAGGGGGAGGAACCACAAUUUCAACACAAAAAAAAAGAGAUGAAGAAGAAGCAAACCCCAUUUGUUGAGAGAGAUCCUCCAAAAGUAACGGUUGCACCUUCUAUAUGCCCGUUAGUCAGUGAGAGCAUACUUGAUACUCUUACAGAUGAUGUUUUGGAGUUGCACGAGGCAUUGCAGUGGUUUGAACUUGAAAAUUUUGUUUACAAGAAAAGCUAGUUGAGCUUGGCCAUGACGACAUUGGCUUUUUGUGCCCUCACAUGUGCUCUUCUGAACAUUAUAAAUUGGACAAAAAGGGCACAAUGACUUACUUGAAACUUGCUUUGAUAAAGUCCUUUGAAAAGUCAUUCAUUUUCCUUCCAUACCAUGAAGGGUAUCAUUGGAUUCUGCUUGUCAUUUGCCCUAUGAUCGAUAAGGGAUAUAUUUUUGAUUUCAUUUCGAGUUCUAGCAUUAGUAUUCAAAGAGACUUGACAACAAUGUACAGGGUUGCAUCUGCACAAAAAGGUAGCGGUAAGCCAAUUAAAUGGAAUAGUGUGAAGGUUGCACAACAAACCGGAAGUACUGAAUGUGGAUAUUAUGUCAUGAGAUUCAUGUGGGAAAUAAUAUCAUACUCUGAAAAUCAUGAUAUUGGAACGGUAUGGCGUUCAAGAAGUGAACCAUACACAUUAGCAGAGUUCAAUGAUAUCAGAAAUGUAUGGUCAAGAUACUUUCUGGAUGUUGUAUUGCAAAGUUGAGAAAAAACUAUUUAGCCAAACAAUUUGUAAUGUAUGAAAUUUGUAAUGUAUGAAUGUUGAUUGGAUGUUUAAUUAAACACGUAUUUGAUUGUGC